AUGGAGACUGAUGGAGGAGGAGAGAGAGGCGGAGGAGGAGAUGGUGGUGUAAGUGUGGAGGCCGAGAAGAAGAACUCGCCGGAGGCUGAACCUAAGGUGAAGCGGAAAAUGAAGACUCCUUCUCAGCUGGAAAUUUUGGAGAAAACUUAUGCCGUCGAGGCGUACCCUUCGGAGGCCCUGAGAGCCGAGCUUUCGAUCAAAUUAGGCCUUACUGAUCGGCAGCUUCAAAUGUGGUUCUGUCAUCGGAGGUUAAAGGACCGAAAGGUUCCCCCAGAGAAAAAGCUAAAAAAGAGUGCCUUGUCAUCCACAGCUGCGGCGUCCCCCAGUGGGAUUGCGCACAGAAUAGUGGUCAAGAAUGCUGAUGUUGCGCCGGGCAGGUCGGCCGGGCCGGGCUUAGAUCUCUACGGGAAUACGAAUGUGCAGCACCAGCAGCAAACAAGAGUAGCUCAUAAAGUGGGGACAGCUGUGCCUAGGAUAUCAAUGGAGUCACUGCCCGCAAAGAGAUUCUAUGAGCCGCCUUUAGCCGUAUCAGAACAGAGAGCGAUUAAGUUUGUGGAGGCCCAGUUGGGCGAGCCAUUGAGGGAGGAUGGGCCCAUUCUGGGGAUGGAGUUUGACCCGUUGCCACCUGGCUCAUUUGGUGCACCUAUCGUUACAUGUGAACAACAGAAAGCAGCUUGGCGGUCGUAUGAUCCCCAAUUAUAUGAGAGGACAGAUGCUAAACCGAUCAAGGGUGCUUCAGGGGCUGUCCAUGAAUACCAAUUUCUCCCUGAGAAGCCACCUGCUAGGCAUGAUGACUAUGACAGAGCUAUGCCACCACAUUUUUACGGUUUGCCUAAUCCAAUAUCAAACGUGAGAUCUGCGAUACAUAGCCAUGAGCAAGUAUCUUCUGAAUACCUCCAAACCCAGUUGCCGGACUUACAUAUUUUACCUCAGCAAAGCACGCAAAAAGUUCACUUGUCUCUAGCUCCCAGAGAAGUUGAUAAUCAGCCUCCAUUGGACUCCGUGGUGAAUGCCAGCAUUGACACUCGUCUUCUUGUUCACCCAGUCACUCGUUUGGCUGAUAAAAGUAUAACACCAGAUAGGCGCAUCGUACUUGACCAUGAAAGAUUGGAGAGGAAGCGGAAGGCCGAAGAAGCUAGGAUAGCCAAGGAAGUCGAAGCUCAUGAGAAAAGGAUGAGAAAAGAGCUAGAGAAACAAGAUAUCAUAAGGAGAAAGAAAGAAGAGCAGAUGAGGAAAGAGAUGGAAAGGCAGGACCGUGAACGGCGAAGGGAAGAGGAGAGACUGUUGCGUGAAAAGCAGCGUGAAGAGGAGCGAUACCUCAAGGAGCAAAGGCGUGAAAUGGAACGAAGGGAGAAAUUUCGACAAAAAGAAUACAUAAGAGCAGAGAAAAUGAGGCUUAAAGAAGAAAGGCGUAGGGAGAAGGAAGCUGCUCGGCUGAAAGCUGCAAACAACAGGGCAGCUGCUCGCAAAAUUGCAAAGGAACCAACGGAGUUGGUUGAGGAUGAAAGGUUGGAACUCAUGGAGCUUGCAACCUUAAGCAAGGGAUUGCCCUCUAUUUUGGCUCUAGACAGUGAGACAUUAGAGAAUCUCGACUUGUUUAAAGAUAAGCUCCCAGAAUUCCCACCUGAGCUGGUGCUCUUGAAAAGGCCUUUCAGAGUUCAACCGUGGAUCAAUUCGGAAGAGAAUGUCGGCAAUCUUUUAAUGGUUUGGAGAUUCUUAAUUGCCUUUGCUGAUGUUCUUGGUCUCUGGCCCUUCACAUUGGACGAGUUCAUUGAAGCGUUGCAUGAUUGUGAUUCAAGAUUGCUGGGAGAGAUCCAUAUAGCUAUAUUGAGAUGCAUUAUGAAAGACAUUGAAGAUGUUGCAAGGACACCUGCCAAUACAAUGGGUGCAAAUCAAAGUUCUGCUUUUAACCCUCUUGGAGGACAUCCACACGCUGUUGAAGGGGCACAUGCUUGGGGUUUUGACUUUCUUAACUGGCAGCGCCUCCUGACUCCAUUAACUUGGCCUGAGGUGCUGAGGCAAUUUGCUCUGUCUGCAGGUUUUGGGCCAAAGUUGAAGAAGCGGAUUACAAAUCCAGCUCAUGCCCCUGACGAUAAUGAGUGUGAUGAUGGUGCAGCUGCAAUAUCCAACCUACGAAGUGGAUUGGCUGCUGAAAAUGCUGUCACCAUUAUGCAAGAAAGAGGUUUAUCAAAUUCUCGAAGGUCUAGGCAUCGGUUGACUCCUGGGACAGUCAAAUACGCAGCAUUUCACAUUCUAUCACUGGAGGGAAGCAAGGGACUUACAAUACUGGAAGUUGCUGACAAGAUCCAGAGAUCUGGACUCAGGGAUCUCACGACGAGCAAAACUCCGGAAGCUUCUAUUUCGGCUGCUUUGUCUAGGGACACAAAGCUGUUCGAGAGAACAGCCCCUUCGACUUACUGCGUACGCUCUCCUUACAGAAAAGACCCUUCUAAUGCCGAGGAAAUUCUAUCGUCUGCCAGAGACAGAGUCCUUGCAUGCCAAAAUGGAAUUGUGGAAGAAGAAGCUGAGAAGGAAGAUCUCGCAAGAGAUCAAGAAUCCGAAAGCGAUGGCCCGGAUGAUCCUGAUGUCGAUGACUUGGAUGCUGCUGUUCCAAAAACAAAUGAAGCAGCUUCUCAUUAUGGAGAAAAUUCUAUAAAUGCCCUUGGGAGUUUGAAAAGCGGUUUGCCCUUCAAUCGGUCAGCGGAUGAGAUAAAAUCCAGGGGAGAAAAUUCUGGAGUUGACUUUGAAAUUGCUGGUCAUGACUUUGGAGAACAAUGGAUUCAAGGGCUUUCUGAAAUGGAGUAUUCGGAUUUAAGCAUCGAGGAGCGUCUAGGUGCCCUUGUUGCCUUAGUUGGCAUAGCGAAUGAAGGGAAUGCUAUUCGUAUUGCAUUGGAGGAACGACUGGAAGCUGCAAAUGCUCUAAAGAAGCAAAUGUGGGCCGAGGCCCAACUUGAUAAGCGGCGCUUCAAGGACGAGCUUAGUUUCAAGUUCCAGCAUCAAUCAUCAGUUGAGCACAGGAAAAGCCAGUUGGCGAGCGUGUACAUGAAAAACGAGUCUUCAUCCUUGAACCCUGCAUUUCAAUUUGCCGACUUGAACGAUCAGCAGAAUGAAGAAAAUUAUUGUGAAAGCAAAAUUACUGAAAAGAGGCCCUUAGUGCACAACUCCUUUGUAGUUUCUGAUAACAUGUUGCUUCAGCAAACUGCCGAGAAGUCACGAUCGCAAAUAAAAGCUUUAAUCGGUUACCGGGCAGAGGAAAUUUAUGUACACAGGUCGUUGCCUCUUGGACAAGACAGAAGGCGGAACCGAUAUUGGCAGUUUAUGACAUCUUCAUCCCGAAAUGAUCCAGGAUCUGGCAAAAUAUACGUUGAGCUAUGCAAUCGCGUGUGGAGAAUUAUUGAUUCGGAAGAGGGUUUCAAUGCUCUGCUGACAUCUUUGGACGUCCGUGGAAUUAGAGAAUAUCAUUUGCAUUCAAUGUUGCAAAAUAUAGGGGCAUCAUUCAAAAAAUCAGCGAGCAUUAAUUUGUUACGGUCAAAUACCGGUGUCCAUUCCGGUGAAGGUUUCAAGAAAGAAUUUCCAGAUAUCAAACACAAGCUUGAAAACAAUGGAACAGAGGAAAACAAGGUCAUUGAAAGAUACAAGGAUUUCGAGUGGCUUUGGAAAGAAUGCUUUAAUAUAUCAGGUGCCUUGAAGUACGGAACAUUUAGGCGUGAAAAGCUACUGGAAAUUUGCAAAUCUUGUCAUGGCUUGUUUUCUUGGGAGGAUAGUCACUGUCCUUACUGUCAUAGGACUCACAAAACUUCAGAGUUGCAUUUCAGUUUUGCAGAACACAUCAGGCAAUGCCAAAAGAAUAUUAGUGAAGGGACUAAAGGGAUCUUACUCGACCUUUCUCUUCCCCCAAGGGUUAGAUUGCUGAAAGUUCAGUUGGCUUCCAUUGAGGCCUCAAUUCCUUCAGAUGCAUUUGGAACUGUUUGGUCAGAUGAAUACAGGGAAUGUUGGGGUAGAAAGUUGUACGAGGCAUCGACAGCUGAAGACCUUCUUCAGAGUCUGACGUUGCUUGAAGAUGGCAUCAAGAGAGAGUUUUUGUCGGCAAAUUAUGAGACCACGUCUGAGAUUUUGACCUCAUCUGGAGCUGCUGGGAAUUGUGUCAAAACUUUGUUUAUGCCUAAAGAAGUUGCAGUACUUCCAUGGAUACCUCGAACAACGCCAGCUGUGGCUUUGAGGCUUAUGGAACUUGACUUGUCCAUCUAUUAUACACUCGACCAGAAAGCAGCGCACGAAAAAGAAAAAGAAUCUGGACAUAUCACUAAAUUUCCUUCCAUGUAUCCUGCUUCGGAAAAUUCCAUGGGCAACCCGUCACAAACUGGAUUCCCACAACAAGACAACGGCUGGCCCAACCCAAUAAAUGGCCACACGACCGUGAAGCGUGGCCGGGGCCGCCCAAGAGGCCCUAGUCUGACGGCCUGUGCCGCGAAAGCCCAGAAAAAGCCCAUUAUAAAUCCCCAGGUUGGCCCAUCCAAUUCGACCCCAACAAAAGGUAAUAAUAAAUUCCCAUCCCUCCUCCCCAAGAAAGGUCGUCGCUCGACCAUUGGCAGGCAAAAGUCCUCAUCCAUCAAUGAAAGCGGGACCAGGGGCAAAAUCGUCUCUGAGGACACUACCGCUUUACGGCAAGAAGAUUGGAAUAUGGCUGAAGACAACGGUGCGGAAAAUUCCGCUAGUAGUUCCGGAAGAUCGGAAUUCGACAAGAGCAAUGCAAGUGGAUCGGCAGAUGAGUAUGAUGAUGAUGUGUCGGCUGCCGGUUUUUCGAGGCACGAGCCAUAUAACGAGAGUGUCGAUUACGAAGUUGAUAGGGAGAAUGAUGAUGUCGAUGGUGAUUUCAAAUAUGAGGAUAAUUACAAUUAUUACGAUCAAGGGUAUGUAAAUAGUGACUACAAUAAGGAGCAAAUCCAGUCGAGCUGUGGAGGGCAAGAUGGGAAGCUCGAUUCGAGUUCGGAUGGUGGUUCUUCGCCAUCUUCUUCUUCUUCUUCUUCUUCUUCCUCUUCCGAGUCCGAGUAUAGUUAUUGA